AUGGCUAAGCAAGGGAUGGAUGUAUUACUUGCCACACUAUCAAAGCUAUUCAAUCUGUUGGAGACAUCUGGCCAGAUUGUUGGGGUGAUCGUCCUUGAUGAGAGAGUAAAUCAAGAAUCAGCUAAUCUGCUAACCGUUGGGUCUUCUUCUCGUUCAUCUGCACGCUCCAUGGCUGAGGUAGAGGGAAUUCCAAGUCCAAUCAUUAUCGCUCAAGUUCUACUUGUUAGGCUGACGCUUACAUGGUUAACUGGAAUAAUCCUUCUCAUUGCAACUAUCCUUGGGCUGAACAUUGAACCUAUAAGUAGCUGGAAUUUGACAUUCUUGGUUCAAUUGGCCGUUGCAGGUGUACUUCCUUAUGUACUUGCCUUUGACGAAGGACACGCUUCUAUAUUCCAACGUGAAGCUCGAUUAAGAUAUAAAAUGGAGCUUCAAACCAACAAGCGGACUCUGAUGAAUCUCUAUGUUGUUCGGUUCAUCUUUUUGUGUGUAUCAAGCCGAGUUUCUCAACUGGCCACAUUUGAUAUCUUAUGA